CUUAUGUCCCUUAUUAUGACUUAUCUGUGGAAUGAUUAGGAGCUGUUUGUGUCCAGCUAUAAAGACAAGUCUCUUGGGCUUGUCCGCCAUUAGCCGUGACUGGGAGAUACACAUUAAACCACACCAGCACUCAAAUUGUGCCAUAUUCUCAUCUGAGCAAAGUUUUUAACAUCACAACCGCGAAGCCAUUUGUUGCAAUUUAACCUCUUACAUGGAAAACGUGAGACGGAUUAAGGCAUGCCUAAACAUGAGGCUGGGGCAUUCCAGGGUAUCUCCUUUUAAGGCCAGUGUGACAGCAUGUUUUUUUAUGUUCCUGCUCUGCCCCGGUCAACUGAGCACACAGCUGGGGACUACAGCCAACAUUAAACACAUUGUAGUUGGAAGGUGUUACAAUUACAUCACACUAGUUAACCCCAGUUUGAGGUUGGACUGUGAGGAGAUCUGGAGACAGUUUGAAGAGGCGGUUGUCGGUCAGUCCUCUUGUAAUGUGACGGUGGAGCAUUAUCGUUACAUGUUUUACGCCAUGUCACAGAGCUGGCCCUGUGAUAGGUUCCUCUUCUGGAGUAAAACCAGGACGCUGAUGCACAGCUAUGCAGCUGUUGUACGUCACUUCUGGACCCUGGAGGACACACUGGCUGGCUACAUGUUCAACGACCUCAUCUGGUGUGGACAAGAGAAAGAUUCCGGUUUUGAUUUCAGCUCUUGUCCAGAGUGGUCGGCAUGUAGGAAUCAUCCGGUGUAUUCCUUGUGGAGGCUAGCCUCGCAGAAUUUUGCAGAAAUGGCAUGUGGCAACAUCACAGUCUUACUGAAUGGGUCCAUUGUCAACGCUUUCGGUAGGAAAAGCAUGUUUGGAAGUGUUGAACUGGACAGUCUGAACCCACACAGGGUGAAUUAUGUCAACAUAAAGGUGGUGACCAAUCUAGAGGGGCCGUUUAUAGAAACAUGCAGUGAAGGAUCCAUUGUGGACUUGAUCCAGAUCCUCCAGUCCAGAGGUUUCCGCUGGACUUGCACAGACAAGGACCAGACCCUGAUGAUCCUUCAGUGUAUCCAGAACCCCCAACACUCCUCCUGCCAAACAUGUGCAAACAGCCUCUCACACAGAAAGGGCCUCACAAUUAAAUGAAUAGCAUGUGUUCUGAUAUUAUCUGAAGGUGGCUACAAUUAAACUGGCUGCUCAAAAGAU